GGGAUUUCUCUUUCGACCGAAAUUUUUUACGGAAGAGCAGAAUGAACCAGAACAGCUAAAUUCAUCUAUCAAAUUUGGUAAGUCCAAACCCACCAGGGACUUUAGCCUUGUUCACCAGAAUGUUCAGUCUUUGGGUACAGCUAUGAACGGCCUACAGCUAAUGGCUCAAGAGGAAAACUCAGACGUAAUAGCUAUUACAGAACACUGGAAGUCCAAGGAUGAACUUCCUGUCUACAAGAUAAUCGGAUACAAGUUAGUUUCAAGUUUCUGCCGUUCAAGAGGGAGACAUGGUGGAUGUGCAAUCUACAUCAGAGAAGAACUGAAAUUCACUGAAAGGUCGGACUACAAUCUUAUUAGUAUACCAAAUGUCAUUGAGUGUUCUUCAGCUCAAAUUCAUUCAAAUAAUCAUAAAAUACUGAUUAUAUGUGUUUAUAGGCCUAAUUCCCAACCUUUGGCAGAUGUGGAUCUGUUCUUAGAGAAACUUAAGACUCUUCUAGAGAAAUGUACACUUGAGAGAGCUCCUUUCAUUUUGGUGGGAGAUUUCAACCUGGACAUCCUGUCAGGAUCUCAUGACAGUGUUGGGUUUAUAUCACUCCUGGAGAGUUUCAACUUGGAACCCUUGAUUCGUCAGCCCACACGACCCUCAUCGGGAACCUGUCUGGAUAAUGUUAUAACCCCCCUGGUGGGGCAAGCUAAGGUGAUCGAACAUCAUAUAUGUGACCAUUCCGCCCUGAAAUUCACUUCCAACCUCAAUUUCACUACUGAUCGCAGAAUAAAGUCGGUCAAGAGGAGAAUAAUAAAUGAUGAGUCCACCGAUAUCUUCCUCCAAGAGCUGUCUCUGUUGAGUUGGGAUGACAUCUUUGUAAAUUCAUCUGACCCUAACCAUCUUUGGAAUAUAUUCCAUAGCCGAUUUUUUCAGACAUUUGAUAGAUGUUUUCCUAAGGUAACCAUUCAUCCUUCAACAUCCAGGAAUAACUUCAAGCUAACACCUGAACUAAUAAACAUGAAAAAACAUCUCGACUUAUUAUACAUACUUUCUUUCUCUAGAUCUGAAUUGAAAGACACGUAUAAGUCAGUGAAGAAACAUUAUGAUAGUCUCCUGUCGAGGGCGAGGAGGGACCACUUCAGUUACUUCAUAAGAAACUCUGAAAACAAGUCAAAAGCCUCCUGGAAGGUGAUAAAUUCUCUUACAAAAACUUGUCAGCAUGGAUUUGUGAGAAACAGAAGCAUUGAAACUGCUACUUAUGAGCUUAUUAAUGAAGUCUUAGUUUCCCUUGAGAGUGGUGAGGUGCCUAUGGGACUAUUCUUAGAUUUAACAAAGGCCUUCGAUUGUGUGGAGCAUGAAAGACUGCUGGAGAUCCUUGAUGACUGUGGAAUAAGAGACAAUCAAUUAAAGUUAAUAGAUAGCUACCUUACAUCUCGCAAACAGAUAGUUGUUAUGGAGGUUGAUGGUGAAUUAGUCAAGUCAGACAGAAGAGAGAAUAAGAUGGGCGUUCCUCAGGGAAGUAUUCCGGGACCUAUUCUUUUUAUCAUCUACAUCAACAAGUUACCUAAGGCAAAAGUCUCAGCUAAGUAUUCUAUGAGGAUGUUUGCUGAUGACACCAACUAUUUGCUAAAAUCUUCGGAUAUAGUGUCAGCUGUUGUGGACUCGAACAAUGUUUUGAAGUCUGUGGGUGAUUGGUUUCAAGAUCACAAUCUUAUCUUAAAUAUUGACAAGACACAGUGUAUUUUCUUCUACACUGAAAAAUCCAAACUGAACUAUCCUUCAUCAGUGAAUAUUGCUAAUAGCAAUGUUGUGGUCAAACAUAGUGUUGUAUUUUUGGGACUUGUUUUAGAUAGACACUUGAAGUGGGGACCUCAUACUGAACAACUUAGAUACUUAUGUCCCACCCUGCAGAUAUAA